UUUAAAUAAGAAAAUAAGCUGUUAUCUAGGACCGUUCUUUUAAGAAAAUUCGGACAAGAAAUUUCAGCACACAAAAACUUAACCGGAUACUUAAGGGGGAACGCCACUGGGAAAACUAAAAAAAACGAUUGUUUUUGCAUAAAUUGUUAGUAUAACUACCCGAUUCUAUGUGCACUUAAGUGAGCGCCCGUCGGUUCGACACUGUGUAGCGCUUACGAUACGAUGCUUUAUUUCAAUCGCGUUUUUCUCGAAACGACUGUUUUUGAUACGGUGGCAACGAUUUCGCGAAGACUAAUGAAUUGAUUUGAAUUUUCUUUUUUUCAAAAUUUUUGUUAUCGCAUUGGCUCUCGUUGUACGUAGCCGAUUUUCAAACUUGAAAAUAACUAUUUUUUUGGGUCUGUUGAAAAUAAAAAAAAUGAUGAUUAUUCAUUGCUGUAUCGCUGCCACCAGAUUACGUCAUUUUUUUUUUUAACUCGUUACGUUUAUUUACAUAAAUCUGUAAAAUUUCAAUAUUUUUUAAUAAAAAUUUUCAUCAACAUAGUUUAAUACAUAUAUAAUAAAUUACCUUUUGUCCCAUCCUCGAGUAAUCAUUCCUACUUACAAAAAAAAAUUCACAAAAAUCGACUAUUUUUUCACCCCUCACAGAGGCGUUCACCCUUAAGUUAGUACAUGACAUUUUAGAAGGAAACUGAGAGCAUAAAAAAGUUGGCUGGAAAUAUUCGUGCGGACAACGCGAAUUGCAUUCAAUUCGAAUUUCUAAAGGAUUCUUUACCUUAUUAAUGUCAUGGCAACGCAUAUUUAACAAUUAUUUAUUUACCCGCACUUCACAAAUAAAUCGACUUAUACUAAAUAUUUACAAAUAUUAUAAUUUACAAAGAGGUGAAAAUAUUUGUUUAAGAAACUCAAAAAAGGUAGCUUUUCGUUAAAGUGUAUGAAAGUAAAAUGGAUUCGGGGUUUAUUAGCCAAAUGUCCUGUAUUUGCGUCGGGCCAAAACGUGCUGGGAAAACACAUCUUUUGAAGGCGUUAGAAAAUCCAAAAUCAAUUGACGAAACCACUUAUUCCAUGCCGACGAAUGGCACAAAUAUUUUUACAAUUAAUCUUCCAACAAAAGCUUUAAAUGUUUCAAACCCAGCUCAAAAAACUCAGAUGGAACAAUCGGUGGACAAGAACGGUAAAGAUACAUCCGACGCAACAGUGCCACGCCGCAAGCAAAAGAGUCCACUAAAAUGCAUUCGUAUUUUGGAAAUCGGAGGGGCAAUGGCGCCGCUUUGGCGGCAGUACUAUGGAAAUGUAUCGAAAUUGAUUUAUGUGGUGGACACCUCAAAUCUGUGUCAGAUAUCCGCAGCAGGUGUGCUGCUGUAUUCAAUACUAGCCGAGCCUCGGUUGCAGCGCUGUCGCAUUCUGCUUGUUCUUGCGAAGAUGGAUUACGCUUAUCGUCAGAUGCGUAACGAAGCCUUACUUAUGUUGCAAAUACAAAAACUACAAAAGGAAAUUCGACAGGAGCUAACAAUUGUAGAGGCCAGCGCUGUGAGUCAAUUGGGUCUGGAGUCCAUAUACGCUUGGUUACGGAUCCCUUAAAAAUGUGUCAAGAAUGCUGUGGUCCAAUCAAUACUCAUACAUACAUGUGUAGUAAUUAAAUUUGUUUUGUAUAAAAUUCGAUAAUUGUAAUAAAUAAAACAAUAUCUUAUAGUUGUACUUUCCGCAGAGGUUCGACUAUAAUUAACUCUGUCUAACUUUUCUAAAAGCAAUUUGAGCUUUCGACCAUCGCCUAGCUCUCGCGUCCAUAUUUCUCAACUGAUUUAUGAAAUUAUUUUAUGUACCUAUAAUAAUACAGGGUGCGUGCGA